AUGGGAUACGAGCCGUGCGCCGAAUUCAGCGCCGAAGGCAAGCAGCAGCCCGAUCAGGACAGAGGUCUGAGCUGGAUCCGCUUUGUUCAAGGGGUUGCGAGGGUAACAUCUCCCGCCAUUUGUUGCGGCGAGCGGCAGAAGGAAGUGCCAAAACAUGAGCCGGCGGACGUCCUCGUCAGCCUGGAAGGUGAGCAAACAUUUGAGGCUUUGUUUCAGAUUGGCGAGCUGAUUGGGCACGGCACCUUUGGAAAGGUCUACGGCUGCAGUUACCGGUCCUCGGGAACUCAUGAUCUCUGCGUGAAAAUUGUGGCCACAAGUGGGCGCCAUGCUGCACGCGCGUCCAGAUUACCGAAGGAUGAGAAGCUCCAGCUUUUGAGGCUCAUUGCGUCACUGCGGCAUCCGAACAUCGUCCGAUAUUUCCGCUUCCUCCAGAGCAGCGAAAUGCUGUAUGUGGUGAUGAGCCGAUGCCUCGGGCCGGACCUCGCAGAGCACGUAGAGGCGGUGGGCCACCUAAAGAUGAAAGAUGUCAAGAGUUUCUCCAGGAUGAUGCUUUCCGCAGUUGCUUCUGUACAUCAGCAUGGGCUGAUGCACCGAGACGUUAAGCCUGAAAACUUUCGCUUCACCGAUCCUGCCGCUACGACUUUGCAGCUCUUGGACUUUGGAGCCGCCAAGAUUGGGGACGACGUGCCGAAGGUUCACACCGUGGUGGGCACUUUGUUGUACGCAGCACCAGAGGUGUUCGAGGGCGCGUACGCGAGGUCGUGUGAUCUGUGGAGCUGCGGGGCCGUGAUCUUCUUCUUGGUCUCCGGCCACCUGCCCUUCCAGACCUCGGACGUCACCAUGCUGCGCAGCAUGCACCGAGAUCCAGUGCUCAAUGGCGAGUGCCUGUUUCGGGGCGAGUAUUGGCGGCAGGCUCCGCUCGGUGCCAGAAGUUUAGUUCGAGGUUUGCUGAGCGUCGAAGCCAGACACAGGCAGCUGACAGCAACGGGAGGGGGGAAGGCAGUUGUGGUCGUCGGUCCAGGCUGA